AUGUCGGCAGAUGAAAAUCUAGCUGGGUUUGUUUCCGUUUACGUCGAUCUAAGGUAUGGUGUUCUUGAUUCUGUACCUAUUGGAGGAAAUGAUAUUAUUACUGUGGUUUUGAAGGCUCAUUUGCACUGUGAUGGUUGUGCUUCCAAAUUCCUAAAAUGCAUUCGCUCUUUGACGGUCCAGGUUGGUGGUUCUCUAGCUUAUCGAAUUGAGAGAAAAUUGGGGAAAGGAGGAUUUGGGCAAGUGUAUGUUGGUCGCCGGAUAAAUCCCCCAAACCCGAAUGAACGAAUGGGUCCAAGAGCUACAGAGAUUACAGUUACCGAAAGAUUUGAUCCGACAAAACUCCACGAGGAAGUGGAGGAGAAAACCCACAAAAAAAAUGGAACUGAUUUCACCAAGGCAGCAAAAAAAGAAUGA